AUGGCCGCGGCGCCCACUCUCUCGCCCGAUGCGCCUUCCACAUCACCGCCGCCAACACGUCCAGCGGCCUCAACGCUGACGACACUCCCACAGAUACUCUCCUCGUUGUCCUUGAUAGAAUCCGAGGAAUCCGCUGUCUCGAGUGCACUGUCGGACUUGCUCGCCCGACAGGAUCCUAUACUCGAUGCUUUGCGUAGACUGCAGGCUCUGGCUCCUGCUCUUGAUGAUCUGAGAGAAACUGCUGGUGCUCUGUCAGGGAAGGUCGGCGCAACGGCCCGUACAGCCGAGCGCGUUGGUGGACGCGUACGCGUGCUGGACGAGGAGAUGCGGAGGGUGCGCGAGGCCAGUGAACGCGUGGGACAGGUCAUGGAGCUCAAAAGCUCAUUGUCUGCGAUGCAAGCUUCCAUCGACGCGCGCGACUGGGAAUCCGCGACGCGCCACUGCGCGCGUGCUAUGGCCCUACCAGACGAAGUCAUCUCAGGCGCCUUCGCCGCGACUGCUGUGCCCACCCCAGAAAGCCAUUUGCCGCCAGUCCAAACGCUACAGAACGCCCGAGAGCACCUACUAUCCGUCUUCCGCGCAUCAUUUGCGGAAGCGACCAAAGCGCGCGAUGCGGCAGCGACGACACGCUUCUUCAAGCUAUUCCCCGCUAUUGGAUGGGAGGCGGAAGGUCUCGAGGCAUAUGCUUCCUUCGUCGUCGACCUCGUCAAGGUUCGACCACCCGCAUCCGCCAAAACCUCAAGCCCGCUGUACUACAUCACGGCUCUCACUGCACUCUUCGAGAGUAUAGCUAUGAUCGUGGAUCAACACCAGCCCAUUGUUGAGAAGUACUACGGCGCCGGCAAAAUGGCGAGCGUCAUCUCGCGUCUACUACAAGAAUGCGAUCGUCUCGCGAAGGGUCUCAUCGAGGGCUGGGAAGAGGAGCGGCAGAUGAGGCGCAAGCUCUCAGAUACCGCUUCCGUAACGUUUGGCUCAACAGCUGUGUCCCCAGUCAUCGGGAGGAGAGGAACGGCGCCACCUAUACCGGCACCAGAAGACGAAGUCGAUGCCCGCGAGAUUGACAAGGUUAUCACGGAAGCGGCGGGUAUGGCCGGUCGCUGGAAUCUCUUCCGUCGUUUCUUACACGACAGGCUGGGGAACGAUGAUACCUCAGAAACAGGCUCAGAACCAGACGGCACCGCCACGCCACGCCCCGGUUCGCCCGCUGCCGCCUCACCCGAACGUCCCCCAGAGCUUCACGCACUGGAGACGUCCUCCUGUAACGCUCUAUUCGCCAACCUUCUCCAAACGUACUACACCCCUCUCGAGAUCUGGUAUCUCCGCUCCGCACUCGACAAAGCGCAUCGUCUCGCCCAACCCGAUCCAUCAACAAGCACCACAACACUCCCAGACGACACGUUCUACAUCCUCAAACUCGUCCUCGCGCGGCUACUCAGUACUGGCUCACCAAGCAUUGUUGUAAGCACUUCCAGUGCACUGAGAGACGCGAUGGAGAGAGAGUACUCUGGUGUACUGAGGCGCAAGAUGGAGGAAGUAUACCGCAACGCGGGAAGUGGCGGUAGAGGAGAACGCGAAGCGGCCAGCACGUUCAUCACUCUACUCAACGAUCUCGACGUAAGCGCCGGACAUAUGGAGCGUCUAGUGAAAGACACACUCGCUUCACCAGCGUUGGGUCAGAACUUCCUGGACGAGGAACGUACGGACGUCGUCAACGCGCUCCAAGCUCUGGGAACACUCGUGCCAAAGUUUAGGUCGACCUUACGCGCGGGAGUGGAACAGCUGUUUAAUCAGCUUUUGAGGCCCAAGCUGAGGACGUUCAUUCCGGAUGUGUACAAGGACGUCUCGUAUGUUCUGGACGAGACGGCGUAUGCUCAGGCCGAGUACGCCGAUGUCGUGCGCAAGCGCUUCGUCAAAGCCUGGGACGCGCUCCUCGAACCCUACCGCGACGCAUUCAGCGAGUCCAAUUUCCGGCUCCUCUUCGGCCUCGUCCUAGACGUCCUGAUGCGACCCUGGGAGAAAACUGUUGCCUCCCUGCGCUACUCCGAGCUCGGCGCCAUCCGUUUCGACCGCGACCUGCGCGCCGUCACGUCUUACCUCGCCGGCCAAACCGCAUUCGGCGACGCGAGAGAGAAGUUCGUAAGGUUGCAGCAGAUCGCAACGAUCUUGAACCUAGAUGCUGAGGAGGAUGUGGACGAGUUUUAUAAUUCGAGCGGGAUACCGUGGAAGUUGACGGAGGUCGAGGCGAGGGCUGUCAGCGGUUUGAGAGUUUAG